AUGGCCCGCUCGCGCUCCUCCGCGCUGGCCGCGGCGGCGGCCGCGGCCGCCCUGGUGUGCUCCGCGGCGACCUGCCUCGCGGCGUUCGUGGCCGGCCCGCGCGCCGCGGCGGCCCCCGCGGGCGCGUUGCUGGUGGCCCGGAGAGCCGAGGGCGAGAAGAAGGAGCAGGCUUGCCACGACGGGGGGAGCUGCGGUCCUGGCGCCCCUUGGGUCGGAGGCUUGGUGGUGGGCACCAGCACCAGCAUCGGUGGUGUGCCUCCACCGAGGGAAGAUGAUGCCGAUCUCGGUGACGGUGGUGAUAUUCCAGGAGGACGAGGGCUUCCUCAAGUUCCUCAAG